AGUGACUUCGUGUUGCUAAUGCUAUCGAGGUUUUGGUGAAAUAGUCUUGUAAAAUGUAUAAUGCAAGUGAUGGGCCGUUUUCUGGAGAUGGCGAGGAUGCAACGAGCAACUGGAGGCUUGGGGCCAGAAUCAGAGGGAAAUCAAAGACUGUUUAUCACGUGAACGAUCUAAACAACACACAGACAAAAGAGAUCGCUGUGAAACAAGCCAUUAUUUCUGAUGAUGUCACUCAAGAUACGUUGCAAAAGAUCGACAGAGAAAUGCUUGUUCUGAAGCGAGUGAACCAUUCUCGAAUCAUCACGUAUUUCGGAUACAGUAGAACUGACAGGGUGUUUUCGCUGUUUAUAGCCUACAUGGAAAUGGGUUCCUUGGCGAGGUAUAUUACCUCACAACGAGAGGGACACAUUGAAGAAGACAAAGCUGCUUUGUUCACAUUUCAGAUACUUGAAGGACUUGAAUAUCUGCAUGCUAAUAAGAUAAUACACAGAAAUAUCAAAGGUUCAAACAUUCUCUUGAAAGAUGAAAACAACAUCAAAAUCUCUGAGUUUGGUGUGGCUAAAAUCCUCAACACACUGUCACGUGCAAGCACGCAAGGAAAGGGAACUGUCAGUUGGAUGGCGCCUGAAAUGUUCCAGGAUAUUAAAUACGAUUGCAAAGUUGAUAUAUGGAGCCUUGGGUGUACAGUUUUUCAGAUGGUGACGGGAAAAAUUCCUUUCAGCGAUAUUGAAGUGACGGAUGUUAUCAAAAAGGGGUCUGCUAAUGAGCUAGAGUUAAAUGUUCCUGAAAAUUGCUCUUUAAAACUAAAACAUUUUUUAAGUCUAGCCUGUGAAAAGUUUCCAAAUAAAAGAGCCAACGCCAAUGAAUUAAUGGGGCACAACUUUGUAAAAAGCUAUAGUAAGACUAAGAAGAAUUCUGCAAGCCCACUUAACGGCGAUGAGGAUAAAGAGAGUGUUAUAAGAAAAUAUAAAUUUACUGCCAUCGCGGAGAUCAAAUCAAAUAAGAUAACAGAUGCAGACGCGGUUAGGCUUGUACGGUGUCUAGGGACUGGCUGGCAGAGUGUGAUGUUGAUACUGGGUUUCACUAAAGCUGAGAUUGAACUGGAGCUCGAAAAUGUUGGGCACAACAUCACGAGGGCGAUCCCAAACUUGUUUAUAAAGUGGAGGCAGAAGCAAGGAAAUAAUGCCACAUUUGAAAACCUUAGGAAGGCUCUCAAAGAUGCAGAGGAACUAGGUGAUGCUCCUAUUGAUUGGGAUGCCUUCGAUGCUGCAGUCAGCAAACAUGUGUAAACAUGAAGUAGUUGGAAACAGAAGAAAAACUAAUAAAACAUCUAAGUUUAUAUUUUGUGUUGAAAUGUAAAUAUUGCCAUAAUUAUUUUUCGGUUUAUAUAUAUAUAAACACUUUAAAUACGAAAUAAAAUUACUUUUAGUAUGAAAAUUAGACAUUUCAAUGUAUGUAAAUAUUUUUUCUCUA